UUGCCUUUCUUUUAGGAGCAGCGAAGUUGCAGAUGUGAGCUUCUUGCAAAGGAAUGCAUUUUGCCAGCUCCCCACUGCCUUCCCCCCCUCCACUCGUGUUUUGCUACAAGAAGACGGGGACCACACAGAUCCUGGGUUUCAUGCAAGGAAAAUUAUAAACAGUUCCAUCUAGCCUAUCUCGUCAUAUACCGAGAGGAUUUGCGCCGCGCAGGGCUGUGCUGCUGUAGGCCUGGAAAUGGGUCCCACGGCUGACUCCUCAAUGACGACCAAUCGGCGGCCGGGAUUGUAAAUGAGAGAAGGGUGGGGAGAAUGGGGGGAACUUUUCUUUCUUUUUUUCGACAGAAGGAGGGGUGUUGUGGGGAAAUGCUCGGCGGACCGUGAAGCGUAACAGCCAGAAGAGGGACAAAGACGCACAUAGCGGGACCACAUUCGACAGAGAGAAACCUCUUCCAACUAAAAAACAAACAAACCUCGGAAUGCGUGGAUGGAUGUUAAAAGUAGCAGCGCCGGUUAAGAGUCGAAACUAGCAAUGGCGAGACAGAUAAGUUCAAGUGCAGGACCUGAGUUGCGAACAAUAACUGUGGUCAGAGUGCGCGUUAACUUUGGAUAGCCCCGUGGCACGUUUCAGCGCCCCCCCUCCGGACCUGCACCGGUGGCAUGGUGCGGAGAGAGACUGCGUUUUGGAGUAUGGUUUCAUGUUUUUGAAUGGACAUGCUUCCCGGAGUGACUGUUUCUGGGCUGUUUCUCGUGUUUUGCAGCCAUGCGUGGUGAUUUUCCUGAGUCAGACCCUGACUGCUUCUCAUGCGGAGCUCGCCGAGAGGAGGAAAACUCAACUAAGGUGCAAGUCGGUUGACAAUUUGUAAAAGAGCGGCGUGCGGAAUACUUGUACGAACUUCAGCCCGGAGGACUAAGAGUUUGAAUUGUCCCGACCCCAAUGUUCUGGUGGAGAAAGUGCACGUCGCCGAACUAGAACGCCAUCCAAGCAUGAAAUGUUGGUGCAGCGCCCUGGCACUUCUCCCAUGGGUGCUGGUGUCUUUAGAUGCCCAGCUCAUCUGCUGGCAGGCGCUCCUCCGGUGCCACGAUGAGCCCGAGUGCGAGCUCGCCUACAGCCAGUACCUGGCGGCGUGUGAAGGCAACAUCCGAGCGGUGAGGAGGCAGUGCCCGAGCCACUGCAUCAACGCGCUGAUACGGCUCAAUCACACCCGCAGCGGGCCAGACCUGGAGACAUGCGACUGCGCACAGGACGCGGAGUGCCUCAGCGCCAAGCGAGCCAUAGAGCCGUGCCUCCCCCGCAGACACCCGAGCGACGCCGGAGGCAUCGGGUGCAUGGAGGCCCGGCAACGCUGCGAAGAAGACAGCAACUGCCACACCUCCCUCACUGCCUACUUGUCAUAUUGCGGGCAGCUGUUCAAUGGCAGGAAGUGCUCCUCCAAGUGUAAAGCCACCAUUCAGCAGAUGCUGUUCAUCCCGAAUGGCAUGCUGCUGAACCGCUGUGUUUGCGAUGGCGUGGAGAGGCCUUUCUGUGAAGUGGUCAAGGAGAACAUGAGCAAGCUUUGCUCCAUAGGAGACCACAGUGUAAUUUCAGACGAGCCUGACGUCGAUAUCAUCUAUGAGGAUGAGGACUAUGACCCUAAAAGUGACACAGAGGUGGUUUACAAUGACAGUUCCUCCUCUCCCCAGAGGUUAUCCAGCUACAGGGCGCUCUUGUUCCUUCCCAUAGCAUGGAUAUUAUACUGAGAGAAAGCGGUCACAUUUGUCGGAUUUAUCAAUGUGACAUGAACGUUGACUGUGUCAUGAGUGCACGAUCGACCCUGGAUCUAGCAAGGAUGCAGUGACUUGCUCAAAGAGUCUUGGGCAGGGCGUUUACUUGCUCGCACCCAGGUCCGCUGGAUGAGGGAGGAUAUUCUUCCACCUCUGUGCCUCUCUGCCAAUUCGUCUUUAGUUGCAUAAUGACAGAGAGCACUGUAAUGUUUUGUGUAGACUUUCCACAGCCGUAUAGUUUGCAUGGUAAUUCUUUGUGCACAUAUCACUCAGGAAAACCGCGCCUUUUCAUCUGAGAUUCAAAUCUCCACAUACGUGGCCUUCGCAGUACUCGCAGUCAACUGCCUUCUUUUGUAAUUUAAAGAAAAAAAAGUCUAAAAACCUCAAAAAAACGGUAGAAACACAUUCAGACGACGACCGGGGGAGAUGAACCAAACCACGCUCGCUACACUGAACCACCGUUUUGUGUGUGCCUUUAAACAGCCCGUGUUUAUUUAGUUUGGUUUCAAUGGUACUUGAAGUGUGGCUUUAUUAAGACCUUGGACAAACAUUGGAGCCAUCCAGCCUCUGUUUGCUCUGCUCUCCAUUUCAGGGGCCUUUGCAUUGUUGUAGCAACCACACUUCAAAUAUUUGUGGGAACAGUCGGAGGACACGCAAGGUUGUGGGAUCAAGUACUUAAAUUAACGGAGGCCUCUUUCCUGUGCUCUGUCCUGUUCCCCUCCCCCAGAUGAGAUUGUUUUAUUGAACUUUUCCUGAGACCCCCUCCCUUUCUCUUCCUCCUCUCCACCUCCAGCCCCCCUUUAAUGGCUGUAAAAGACCCCUGUCUUUAUUACUGCUUUCACACUGCUGCAACACUCACUGGGAAAACCUGUCAGCCACACGCUGCUGUGAACGACUCAACGUGUCAUACCUGCAGUUUGUCCACAGCACCGCUCCUGUCUAGAGGUUUAUCCAGGCUGACGCUGCUUUGCUUUGCCUUGCCGUGUACGAGCGAGCCCAAUCCCCGAUGUAAGCCACCCACGAUACAACAAGCUGUCUCGUUUGAGAAUAAGUUGGCGGAGCAAGUCGGCUAAAGCCAGCCAAAACCACACUGUAGCAUCCAGUGAACAAAGCAGUGUCACAAAGACAACACAGUGUGGUAUGCACGGUCAAACACAGGUUUAGCUUCGUACUGCGUGUCACACAGUUGUGGAUGAAGGAGCUUAGAAGUGUUACUAACUCAACAGGAGGUGGAUCAGACUACUCGUAGAGAACUUUUAGCAUAAGUUAUAGUGUUUUCUAAAUAUCUUGCAAACAAAUCCAAGGCUAUGAGAGGCAUCCUCACAAGUUCAUAGCGAGGUUCCGCUUUUUAGAAAAUAUAUUUUGUGUGUUUUUCGGGCUGAGUAUCUCAGAAUAUGCAGCCGCAGAGGGGUUCGAGUUACCUGUUUGCAGGUCUACACACACACAAACACACACACACACAUAGUCCAGGAGGUUCAGCUUAGCCGUUUAGUGUGUCACGUCUUUCCUCCUCAAGCAGUUGAGCGAACAGGGAAAGUAGAAACAAUGCGUUUGUUAGUUUUGGUCACGUGUGCUGAAGCUGCCAGUUUGUGUGUCUUUGCCACUUGAAAUGAAGUCUUGAACAGUGUUGUUGAAGUGUUAAAUUAUGAAGCUGGAUCGUGAAGAAUGUGUAUAUAUUUUACAAUCAUAUGCAGUAAAACAAAAAGAAAAAAAAAAUGUCACUUAAAUGCCUUUAAUAUAAACACACGAAUGUAGCCAGAUGUGAUUUAGAGUUAUCAGUUUUUCUGUCUCAUCUUGUGGGAUCAUAGCAGUAAACACCCUCCAACAGAAUCCUGCGUGUGGAAGUGUGAGUUUUGUAAUAAAAUGGUCUAAAGCUG